CCGAGUUAUGCCAGCGCUGUCCAGGGGCUGUGUCCAGGGAAGUUCCUAUAAAGGACUCAAGCCCUUGCAGCUCUCAGACCUUAGAGAUGAGGAGACUGUUGUUGUGGGUUGGGCUGGUUCUUGUGCUGAGACACCACGAUGGCGCUGCCCGCAAACUGGUGUGUUAUUUUGCCAGCUGGGCAAAGAGCCGACCUGGCCUGGCCUCGUUCCUGCCCCGUGACCUGGACCCCUUUCUCUGUACCCAUCUGAUAUUUGCCUUCGCCUCCAUGAACAACAAUCGGCUAGUUGCUAACAGUUUGCAGGAUAAGAAAUUUAUCUACAUGGAGUUCAACAGGCUCAAGGAGAGGAACCGGGAGCUGAAAACACUGCUGUCCAUUGGUGGGUGGAACUUUGGCACAAAGAGGUUUACCACUAUGCUCUCCACAUCUGCCAACCGGGAAAAGUUUAUUGAUUCUGCUAUAUCCCUCCUGAGGACACAUAACUUUGAUGGUCUGGACCUCUUCUUCUUGUACCCUGGACUAAGAGGCAGUCCAAAAAAUGACCGGCGCACUUUUCUCCUCUUAAUUGAAGAACUCUGGUUUGCCUUCCAGAAGGAGGCGCAGCUAACCGGGCGUCCCAAGCUGCUGCUCUCUGCUGCAGUCUCUGCGAAGGAACGGAUCAUCAGAACAGCUUACAACGCGAGCCUUCUGGGGAGACUCCUGGAUUUUAUCAAUGUCUUGUCUUACGACUUCCAUGGGAGCUGGGAAAGGUUCACAGGACACAAUAGUCCCCUGUUCUCUGUGCCUGGAGACUCCUUUUCUGCGGCAUGGGGCAUGAGAUGCUGGCGGAAUCUGGGGGUACCCGCAGAGAAGCUCCUCAUGGGGUUCCCCACCUAUGGACGGACCUUUAACCUCCUCGAAGCCUCUAAGAACGGGCUACGGGCCAAAGCUCGGGGAGCUGCGCUUUCAGGAAAGUACACCAAGGAAAAUGGCUUCUUGGCUUAUUAUGAGAUUUGCCCCUUUCUCAGGAAUGCGACAAGGCAUUGGGUUGAUAAUCUGCGUGUCCCAUAUGCCCACAAGGGGCACACAUGGCUUGGCUAUGAUGAUGUCGUCAGCUUCAGACACAAGGCAAUGUUCAUAAAAGGAGAGAAUUUGGGAGGAGCCAUGGUGUGGACAUUGGAUCUGGAUGAUGUCAAGGGCACUUUCUGUGGCACUGGCCCUUUCCCGCUUAUCUCCAAGUUGCAUAGUCUUCUGAUGCAGGCUGAGUUCAGCUCAACUCCUUCACCAAAAUUUGGGCUCUCAACUUCUAUGAAUUCUAUGCAUAGUCAGACUAAGUCUCCUGGAGAGAAGAUCAUGCGCCUUGGAAAGAGGGCUGUAGCCCCUGAAAUGAUGACCACUCCCCCUGGAAAUAUGACAGUCACUCCUGACGGGCAGACCAAGACCCUUAGAGGCAAGCCCACCACUUCUGAGGCGAAUGCAGACCACCUGGUGGGUUAUGCUGGUCUUCAGACAGAUGCCGGAAGCAGGAGGCCAUCCUCUGGCCCUAUCAUAGCCUCUGGACACACUCCUCUUGCUUUUGACAACCUCUGUGCUCCCAUUAAUAGGAGCGAUUCCUUUGUCAGUUCGAUGACCCUUCCAACAAGUGCUCUCUCUCUAAAGAAAGAAAACCCUGAAAACCCUUCUGUGGGUGGAGGAGCCUAAGCUCUGUUGAAAGCAGCAGCCGGGGAAACCUCUUAUCUUGUCUUGUAGGUCCUCUGACAGGAGCUGCUCUUCCCCAGACAUUCUCAUGGGUAUGAGCAGACCCCAGAGCCACACUGAGUUCCUCUCUUUUCUGUAGAAUAAACUGGCAACAAGAU